AUGUCCUCCCUGACAGCAGCGAACAACUCAAUGAGCAGACUGGGCCAAUCUGCUGCGUCUGUGGAGAGGAAGCACAAAGCAGAAAGAGCAGCCAAGGACCACAACAAAAAAUUCAAGCUAUCAGAGAUGCCCAGACAGGACGGGAAGGUUGCCAUAGUGACGGGAGGCGGAAGAGGCAUUGGUUUUGAGGUGGCGCUGCACUUGUCCACACUCGGGGCUCAUGUCAUCAUUGGCGGCAGGGAUGAGCAGGAGGGUCUGGCUGCUGCUGCCAGGAUCCGAAAAGAGCACAGAGAGGCCAAAGUUGAAUUUCAGACUCUGGACUUGGGCUCGCUACAAUCCGUCCGCCAUUUUGUCCAGCGCUUUAAGAACAGACACCUGCCACUACACAUCCUUGUCAAUAAUGCGGGUAUAAUGCUGGUUCCCAAGGGGCGCACUGAAGAUGGACAUGAGCUGCAUUUUGGCGUUAACUACUUAAGUCACUUCCUGUUGACGUGGCUUCUUCUGGACGACCUAAAGAAAUCCGGAACGCCUGAUUGCUUCUCACGAGUCGUAAAUGUUUCCUCUUCGGCUCAUCGCAUCGGAGAAAUCUCACUCAAUGACCUCAAUAAAAGCGACUAUUAUUCAGCCCACGGUGCGUACUGUGGCAGUAAACUGGCCCUGCUGGUGUUCAGUCUGCAGCUGGAGGAGGAGCUCACCGCAGGAGGGUCCCCCGUGAGCUCAUGUGCCGUGGACCCCGGGAUGGUGCACACGGCCCUGUAUCGACACAUCUGGGCACCUCUGCGUUUGGCACAAGGCGCCGUGGCACAGCUGCUGUUCUGGACUCCUAAAGAGGGCGCGGCCACGGUCCUGUACGCCGCUCUGUCACCAGCGCUGGAGGGGGGGCGAGCUGGAGGCUACUGGGCCAAUGGACGCAGGCAGACGACAUCGGCCCCCACUUCCGACCCCCAGCUGCAGCUAAGCUUAUGGGAAGCCUCCAUUGGAUUGCUGGGCCUGCAGUAG